AUGGUUUCUACGUCUGCCCUGCGCUCUGUUGCCGCGGUGAUGAUCGCCCUUGCCAUUCCAGCAAGCGCAGCACCCCAGCCGGUCAGCAAGCGCUCAACGUCUGAACUCAGCUUGACAGCUCAAUUGCGACUUGCAGAUACUGCCAUUGAACGUUACCAACUCCUCCCGAAAGAUGAAGACUUUGUCUUCAAUUUCACGGCAAGCGAGGUUCCGGUUGCCACUAGCCAGAUUUUUCCUGCCCUUGUUGGCACUGGGGCUUCCUUCAGUAUCGGGGAAUUGCCAGGUAUUUUCAGCGAGCACUGCCCUGGUUCUGAAGUUGCACUAAUCCAUGACCAUAGCAUGCAGCAUGAGCUUCCUCCAUCUUCACCCUCGUGCCACGGAGCUCUUUGCCCUUACAUCAGGGCGUGUACUGUCUGA